UGGUAUUUAAAUCGAAAAGUCGUUGAAAUGUAUUAAUGGUAGUGUGUUAAUGUGCGUUAAUUUUUAAUGUUGACUUAUUGGUUAGGGUUAGCUGUUUGAUUUCAUACGGAAUAUUAAGAACAAAAAUAUUUCAAAGCGAGCUGCGAAAAACUAAAGGCAAAACGUCAUAAGAAGACUACAGUUUUAAAGCAUAGAAAACGUCAAAUACGAGGCAAAUGGAUUUUGAUCUUAGUAAAGAAAAUAUUCAACCCCUUCGAGGAGGACGAAACGUUUCACAACUGGGUAUAGCUUUGCAAGCACAGACUGACUUGGAGCAUCAAAAAGAACUAAUACACAAAAGAGAGGAAUAUGAGAAAUUAAUAAGAACAUAUAGUGGUGAUGAUCCACUAGAAAACUGGUAUAAUUAUAUUGCAUGGGUGGAACAAAGUUAUCCAAAACAGGGACUCGAGGGAAAUUUGAAUUCCUUACUGGAACAUUGCUUGAAGUUGUUUGAAAAUGAUAGUCGCUAUAAAGAUGACCGUAGACUUUGUAAAUUGUUUAUCAAAUAUAUUGAUCAGCAACAAAAUCCGUUAGAACUUUAUCACAUGAUGUAUGCACAGGGCAUUUGUAGAAGUUGCGCUGAUAUGUAUAAAGCUUGGGCAUAUUAUUAUGAAGCCGCAAGUGAUUUUCAAAAUGCGCAUCGUAUAUUUGAAUGUGGGAAACGAGAGCUUGCACAUCCAUAUGAAGAACUACAAAAUGCUCAUGAAAAUCUCGUGAUAGCUGCUGGACAUCACAUAAUUUAUGGACCAAACGAAAGAGAUCUAACAGAAAAACGUCAAGCCCUCACAUCUCUUAAAACUUAUAAACAAGGCCAAGUGGGCAGUGUUCGAAGCACAAGUAGUUCUCAUCCUGGAAGUUUCGGCUCGGCAGUUGACAGUCGUAAUAAUGUUGCAAUAUAUGAAGAUCGAAGUUGUUCUAAUGUUCCAAUAUCUAUCUAUGAAGAUCGAGGCGAAGAAGUCCGGGGUGCCGAGGCAGGUCCAACCAGUAUUAUAACUGCAGCGAAAAGACAGGAAGUCCCUAAAGAAAAUACUCUUAAACCUGGUCCGUGGACCACAGUACCAAUCAAACAAAAACAAGCAGUCCAAAGAAGUACACCACGAUUUACAGUUCAUGAAGACAGUGAAGACAGCAAUGCCAGCCUAAAAUGCGUCAAUUUUGUUUCUACAACAUACGAAAACUAUUCUGACUGGAUUGUUAGUUUGACAAUUCCUGAACCAAAGGAUGACAAAUUUAUUCCAAUGUAUCCUAAGCAAAAGGUAUAUGCUGAAAUCAGCACCGAAUAUAGUUUAGAGGAAUUACGUUCUCUGAGAUAUCUAUGCAAUGAAAAGAAACCAGUGAUUCCCAUCAGUGAAACUAAUAAGGCGGUUCAAUCAAUUGUUGAGGACACGCAAAAUACGGAUGAAAAAAGUGAACAAAUUUUGAAUCAAAGCAUAUUUCAAGAAUGUGAACACAUAAAUAGUUUCUCAACUGUAUCAACAUCUAGUGAAGAGCAUCGAAUAAAGGAAACUAAUUUGUUAUCAAGAAACGCUUGUGAUCAAAACUCACCAGAUAAUCUAGAUGAUUCUGCUUCCGAAAAUAUUAUUGAGGGUCUGAACUUCGACUUAUGGAAUUCCUUCAAAGCAGAAUCAUUGUACACUUCAACGACCCACUUUCCAAAGUCUACCGCACCUAAAUUUUCUAUUUAUGAACAAUCAAACGUGGCUUUGCAACAUUAUUUGGAGCCAAAAGGCAGUGCCAUGAAAACCCCAUUUAAGGACUUGAAUGCUGAAGAACUUGCUGAAACUGGAUCUAGAGGUGGAAUGGAUAUAGCAGCAGCAGCUCCAGUGGAUAGCGCCAAAAGAUUGCCAAUUUAUGAUGAUGAUAGCAGCUCAUCGUUUGAUAAAGUUAUGGAACCAGGAAAUUUUGAAGAUCUCACUUGUAAUACUCAAAUGUUUUGUUUCAACUUGAAUGUAAUGAAAGUUAGCACACCUCAAAACAAGCACCAAGAAUAUGUAGUCAAAAACGAGGAUUCCUUUAAAAAAGCCCAGAAACAGUUAUUUACAGAAACUUCCAAACCUGAAGAUGACAAGUACAAGAUUUUGUCGACGAUUUUAGAAGAAACGAAAAAUGGCGGCCAAAGUUCAAGUUCCAGCUCCACUUCGAGCAAUGCUACAAAGUCGUCCGCAUUUGGCAGUCAUACCAAACAUUCUAACAUGGCAACGAUUUCUGAAGAACACAACAAAUAUUUGGCACAGAAUCUUAUGGUGAAUGCAGCAUUGCGGUCAAGUUCCUUAGGAAAUUUGAUGGAUUUUAGCGAUCAUGCAAGCCCAAUGGCGAUGGUACAGAAAACAUCUCUUGUAAAUAAAUCAGUGACUACCCCACCAGUACCAGCAAAAGUCAUACCUCUCAAUUUUGUACCUUCUGAUCCAUUUAGACAAAGCCUUAUUGAAAAGUUACUUCAAAGAGUAAAUUUUCCGGGAUCACAUACCCCUGGCUAUUGUUGUUUACCUUACAUUCCGAAACUAUCGGUUCGUAAAGAAUCUAUCAAUAUAGGUCCAGAUAGAUAUGUAAUAGACAAACAGCUUGGAAAGGGAACCUAUGGAACUGUUUUUAGAGCAAUUGAUGUUAGGACUGAAAACACGGUGGCAGUGAAAAUACAAAAGCCCGCCAACAAGUGGGAAUUUUACAUUUGCAGAGAACUUCAAGCAAGAUUAGUUAAUAGUCCGCUCAGAGAUAGGUUUAUGGAUGUAUUAAUUGGAUACUUUAGUGACCAGGCCUCAGUAUUAAUUUCAAAAUUUAUGCCAUGUGGCUCGUUACUUGACGUCGCUAAUCUCGUGAAACAGAAAUCUGGACGUUCGAUGAAAGAAUCGUUGUGUAUUCACUUCUGCUUGGAAAUGUUGAAAGUUGUGCAGGCUAUGCACGAAGUGAAAAUAAUCCAUGCUGAUAUUAAGCCCGACAACUUUUUAGUUCAACUCCUAGCUAAUGAUGUAGUAGGUUUGCAACUGAUUGACUUUGGUUGUAGUAUCGAUAUGUCUUUAUUUCCAAUGGGAGCAAGUUUCACCCGAAAGGUGACGACAGAAGAUUUUGUUUGCUGUGAAAUGAGAGAUAAUAGACCUUGGAAUUACCAUACGGAUUUGUAUUGCAUUGCCGCCACGGCACAUGUUUUGUUAUUUGAAAAAUAUAUUCAACUGCAAAAAAAGGAUGGACAUUGGUCGAUUUCAAGUAGACUUCCAAGAUACGCAAGACUAGAUUUGUGGAAUAUGUUUUUCAGCACUUUACUUAAUCAGCAAGAUGGACCGGCUGACUCGGUAUCACUGCAAGCUAUGUUAGAAGACAGUUUAAAUCACAAAUUCGAUGAUUAUCACAAUGAAUUGCGGUAUCUUAUUAAUAUACUCAAAAAUCGAUAGCAGGUUUGGAAAACUUAGUUUGUGUGGCUUAAGGUUUAGUCUAUAAUUAAUAUUUAAAAAAAAAUCAAUUGAAGUUAUUUAUUAAAAAAAGUUAAUGUAGAUAUUUUUUUAAGUUAUUUUCAAAGGCUGUUUGUUUCAAUCUUUAUAACUCAUUUUGUGUUAUCAGUCUUCAUUUUACACCAAAAACAUGUAACACUUACUUUUUAAAUUUUCAGCAUGUUUACUAAUUAAAUAUUUAAAAGAUGAAA